CUAUUUGAAAGCUGGAACAAUGAACAUAUUUCAACAUAUGCCAAGUACCUGAUGAACUAAUCAACUUUGAUUUAACUCUUGACUAUUUAUGACUGCUUAAUUCAGAAUCCGUCAACUGUUAAAGACUAUUCUCAAUCUUAUCCUUAUAGGUUGAUAGGCCUGCUCAUUCUAUGUCAUGAUUCUGAGAUGGCUACUUUGUUUAGUUUGUUAGCAGUUUGCAUGGUAUCAGUCACCAAGUAGGCAUAAUCCAUUACGUCAAUGGGGCCACAACAUGCACAUGCAGUGUGCCACAUUAUGGUGGAUGACUGAGUCGGCUGGAGUCUUUCUGAAUCACUCUCCUCUUGCUAUGACUAGUGAAUCUCUGUUCUUUGCUGGCUUUGAAUAGAAUGUAGCUGGAAAUCUUGCAUUUGCAUAUCAACCUCAGUGAAAGAAUUUACUUGUGUUGAAUGAGGCCAAACCAGUUGCAACCAAAACUCCAUUCUUUUGUCUCCUGGACCAUUCAAUUAUGGGGCUCAUAUCUUCAUAUAAAACUAUGACAUGCCUUUGAGGCUCGUCUAAGCUACUGUCUGCCUUUCUCUUGUGUUUUGAGAUUGGUUCUGAAGAGAUGGGCCUAAAGGUAUUCCGUUUUGCUCAUGAUGUUCCAUUGGCUGAAUCGGAGGAUGCAUCCUAAUACUGAGUACUGCACCAUCCAUGAGAACAAGGCCAUGGAGGAUAAGGAAGACUCUGUGCGUCAGAGUGUGGCUGAGAAAGACACUGAAGCUCUGCUGUUCCGUGAUGUGCUUCUUAACGGUAUACUUGCAAUCGGCACACUUGGACAUCACGUUGACUCCCUUUGUCCUAAGGCCUGCAUUGAAGAAGAUGAUUUCCUCAUCAUGGAUGAGGAGGAAGUAGUUGAGGAAGAGAAAAAUGAAGAGGAACCCAGGAAUGGGAAGGUCAAAGAAGAUGCUGCAUUGGAAGUAGCACUAAGUGAACCAGUAGUACCUGUUGUUGAGCCUGCCAAGAUGCAUUCAUCGUCGAUGAAAGAAGACAAUUUCUCAUGUUUCAUAACGGAAGAAAUCCUGAUGCAUGAGGUUGAAGAUGGGGGUGCUGCUAAUAUCCAGGAACGACCACUUCUGAUGGUAGAGAAGGUGGAGAAAGUAAGAACUACACUUGCUGAUUUAUUUGCAGCAGAAGCAUUCUCAUCUAGUGCUCCAGGGGAGAAGAACUGCCAGGAUAUCGUCAUUGUUUCUGGGGAAUCCACUUCGAAGCUUGCAUUGUGCACUGAAAAGGCGCAUCAAAAGAAACCAACGAAGCCAACACCAAAGCCACUGAAAGCCACAAGAAAAUUAAGUCGGGUCAUGAGGAAGAUGUUGGGGAAGAAGAUCCACCCAGAGCAGCUCAAUGGGCGUAGCAAUGCAGAGGGCCCUCUUACUGCAUGAUGUACUUAGUCUUGCCGACAAGAUUGCUUCCCUAUCUGGUCUCAUUGGAUCCCUAUGACUCAGAUUCCUUGCCCGAGAGAAGCAUCCAUGGAUAGGUCGACAGUUGGAGUACCUUUUUUGUUGCCGUGUUUCGUCGCCAGUGAAGCAUGAAUAGCAUUCCGCUUUCCCUAUAUUCUCCUCGUGCCUGUUUGCAUGUAAAAAAUCAACUGUUGAGGUGUGUAUGAUCUUGUAAGA